UGGAGUCACUCAGUCUGUGAGUCUGCAGAUGCACUCAUAUUGUUGUGCUGGAGCUGAUGCUUGUGUUUUAUUCAGCAGACUGGAUCUCCAGCAGGAGACUCAUCUGAUCCCGCUAGCCCCGCCUCUGCAGCCCGAUCUGUAUUUAUAGCUUAUUGCAACAGCACUUUCAGUCAGUCAGUCAUUCAGUGAGUGAGUGAGUGAGUAACUCUAGUGUAAGAUCAUCAGCGGGUCUCUCAGCUCUCUCUCUCUCCGCAUCCAGACCGGACCAGCAUGACGGAGACCGCGUCAGACCCCGCUCCAGGCGCCGCGGAGGAGCCAGAGGCGAAGCGGGAGAACGGCGACUGCGCGGCGGACGCGCCGCAGCAGCUGGAGCCCCCGGAGGGCGGCUGGGGCUGGGUGGUGAUGCUGGCCUCGAUGUGGUGCAACGGAUCGGUGUUCGGUAUCCAGAACGCGUUCGGUAUCCUUUUCGUGUCUCUGCUGAAGGAGUACGGCUCCGAGGACGACGAAGAUCUCCGCUUCAAAACAGCAUGGGUCGGCUCUCUCUCGAUGGGCAUGAUCUUCUUCUGCUCGCCGAUCGUCAGUGUGUUCACCGAUCUGCUCGGCUGCCGGAUUACAGCGGUUGGAGGGGCAGCGGUAGCAUUUGUGGGACUUCUGGCCAGUUCCUUCGUCAAGUCUCUCGGGCCGUUGUACUUCACCUACGGCAUAGUCUUCGCCUGUGGCUGCAGCUUUGCCUAUCAGCCGAGUCUGGUGAUCCUGGGUCACUAUUUCAAGCGGAGACUGGGCCUGGUGAACGGCAUUGUGACAGCGGGCAGCAGCGUGUUCACCAUCACGCUCCCGUACAUGCUGUCCGGUUUGUUGAAGCGCGUGGGACUUGCCAACACGCUGCGUGUGCUGAGCGUCUUCGUGUUCAUGCUCAUUCUGGCGGGAUUCACCUACAAACCCCUACUGCCCAAACCCGUCAGCAGCAGCAAGUCGGGCAGCCGCUGUCCCUCGCUCAACAGGGUGUUUAACAUGCACAUCUGGAGGUCUCUGGGAUACCGCAUAUGGGCCUUUGGGAUCCCUGCUGCCCUAUACGGAUACUUCGUGCCUUACGUUCAUCUGAUGAAGCAUGUGGAGGAGCGCUUCGGUGCGGACGCUAAUAAAGAGCUUCUGCUCACCUGUAUUGGCAUCACGUCUGGAGUGGGUCGUCUGAUCUUCGGGAGAGUGGCCGACUACGUCUCUGGAGUCAACAAAGUCUUCCUGCAGGUGUCCUCGUUCCUGGUGAUCGGGCUGAUGUCGAUGAUGAUUCCUCUGUGUCAUGUGUUCGGUGGACUCAUCGCCGUGUGUCUGCUCAUGGGUCUGUUCGAUGGCUGCUUCAUCUGCAUCAUGGCUCCCAUCGCGUUUGAGCUGGUGGGCUCCCAGAACGUGUCGCAGGCCAUCGGCUUCCUCCUGGGCAUGAUGUCCGUCCCCAUGACCGUCGGGCCUCCCAUCGCAGGGUUCCUCAGAGACCGUCUGGGCAGCUAUGACGUGGCGUUUUACCUGGCAGGCAUUCCUCCGAUCAUCGGCGGGGCCAUGCUGUGCCUGAUCCCGUGGGUGGAGGCGCGGAGGAGGAGGAAGGAGGCGCAGCCGGCGGCCGAAGCCUCCGAGAAGAUGCUGGAGAUCAAGAGCGGCGCGCAGGUCGAGGUGAAGCCCGAGGAGCCCGAGUCCGUCAUCUGAGAGCACUUACAACGGACAGACAGACUCACAGACGUGUGUGUGUGUGUGUGUGUGGAGAGCCUUGAUGUGAUUUUCUAUCCCUGCAGGAACAUGCAGACCGGGCAUAAAACAGGGCUCUCCAUUAAUGUGAUUUAUGAGCUAUGCAUCUUUCAGAAAGUUUCCUUGAAUAUUUUUGUACUGAGCUUCUAGGCUUUGAAAGUUAGACAAUCGUCGGUUAAGAAGGGAAGAUGUUUGCUGGUGCUUCUGCGGGUGAAGCCCUUAGAGAGGAAUCAAGGCAUUUUAUUUUAACCCGCGUUUCCUUUACUCUUAUAAUCUAGCUAUGCAUUGUGUUAUGUCAGACUAUAUGAAGUCGCUUAUAUAUUGUGUUAAAGGGAACGUCAUCUGUGCCAUAUGUAAUCAUGUCCUCCUGAGCUGGGAAGAUUGGAAAGAGGUUUUUGCGAAUGCGCACUUCAGCCGUGAGUGUUUACUAGAGCAAUCGUCACUGCAUGGCGACAGUGUUUGUAUAUGCAAUUAUCAAAGAUGUUUAUUUUCACUGAGAAAUAACAGUUGAGGAACCAGUCAUGCUGCUUUAAUGCACAGAGCAGAUAUGAUUACGCAAGCAGAUGUUUUAUGAUGCCGUCCCAGUGUUCUCGGUGAGGCUUUGUAUUAAGCGUCGCGUUUUAUGUUCGAGGAACGCUGCUCUGGAACGUUUACAGGAUGGUUUCCAUGUGUUUUUGCCAAACCAGAGCAGAUCUCAGUGUUUGACAUGAACUGGGAUGGUUGCUCUUUGAAAUACUAUUUUUGUAAAGAUGUUUUAAGAAUCUGUCGUGUCUGUUGAUUAAAUCGAGCUGCCAUUGUGAGCUCAGCUUUAAUAGAGACGUCACCUUCACAUUUACUGCCACUGAGGCCUUGACUGAAAAAGCACAUAUGCAAAGUCCUUUGCUUUAAUUCAGCGAAUGAAUAUGAAUGUCCUCCGGUUCCUAGUCACAUGAAGCAGUGUUUUCACAGUGUCUGGAGGUGGUGUUCUCUCGCGAUUGGUCUGCAGGUUGAUCUACCUCAAUUAACAUGAUUCUGGAAUCAUCAGCGGAUCAGAGAAGCGAAUCACUGUAAACUCACUUGAAACGACGACCACCGCUCAUACUUCAUACCUAUCCCAUGUUGUGUUUCUUUAGUUUUAUAUCUCUUAUAUCAACUAGCAUUAUUAGUGCCUUGACAAUAUGAUUAUUGACUGAUGAAUUAUUGAUUUGUAUGGAAUCUUAACCAGAGGCACAACCAACAGCUUCCAAAGCAUGUACUCGACUCAUUUCAGUGCGACACAAACACAUUUACAGGAAAAAUAACCUUAGCAGCAAUACAUGCCGAGAGGCGUCUGUCUUUUACAUCCAUUGGUUUAUUAUUUUUAAACCAUUUCCAUGUUUUUGAGAAGAUUGUCUCUUUUUUACUUUUUGUACAUGGUCCUUUUUUUGUAUUUUAUUUUUUUUUAAAUUUAUACUGUUCAUGUAAAUCAUUGUUGUACACCAAACCAUAGAGGUUUUGCUACACACACACACACACACACAUUUGUUUUUGUGAAUUGUAGGGACUCUCCAUAGGCGUAAUGGUUUUUCUACUGUACAGACCGUAUAUACUAUUGUCCUACACCAACCCUACACCUAAACCUACCCCUUACAGGAGACUACAGGCAUUUUUACUUUCUCAAAAAAACUCAUUCUGUGUGAUUUAUAAGCCUUUUGAAAUAUGGGGACAUGGGGAAAUGUCCUCAUAAAUCACCUUCUCCUUGUAAUACCUGUUAUACCCAUGUCAUUAUACACAUUUAUGUCCUCAUUUGUCACACUCACACACACACACACACACACUCACACACACACACACACUCUCUCUCUCUCUGUAAUAUAACCGUGGGUAGGUUUUGACGGUCCGCACACAGCAGUGAUUUACUCAGGGUAAUCAUACAUGCCAAACAACUCCAGGCCUCAGCUAAACACCAAAUAAACGACUUGUCUUCUUGAAGAAUUUAUUGAAAACUUUUUGUCCAUCCAUUUGUGAUUGUAAAAUUAAAAAAUGAAAUUGACUUAAUAAAAAGGAACAACACUUUAACACUUUAUAUUAUAGUUUGUGCACACACUUACCGUGUACUUGCCAGAAGUUAGUACCUAGUUAUUAUUAGAGUAAGUAUACAGUAUGUACAUGUAGAAACGUGCUGUAAAAUAAAGUGCUUCUGAAAACAGACUAAUGACAAAAACAGAAUCACUAGUAGUGGAUACUUGUUAUGCUACUGCAGUUUCAUUUCAGUGACCUUGAUCUCUUGAGCUGCAUGACUUAGAGCUUCUGUUAUUUGUUGUUGUUGUUGUUGUUGUAUGCACCACACAAUUGGUUAUAAAUACUAUUUUGAACUACAAUAAAGAAAACAUUAUUGGUUUUAUUAAUGACA